CGUGUCACAUGGGUGUCGCCAGUAACCUCAUCGGAGUGGCUUUCGCUGCUUACGUCGGGCAUAUAUGUUACAACUUCUAUUCUCUAUCGGAGAUACCUCUUCUCGAGAAACCGCAGCAAGACGCUCAAUACGGGGUGGAGUCAUUCGUUCCUGAAGGCUAUCGGCUGGAUAUGGACGUGUACCUGUCGAACCAACGAGGGUCGGCUAAAGGCAUCCCAUGGACGUCUAUGGCGAGAGUCGCCACGUUUGAUAACGUUACUUAUGACUGGAGUGAAGAUUCUCAUAGGAAGGAUGUAAAACUGAGCGGAGCGUGGUUGCCAGAUCGAUUUCGGGCAAGGAAUGAAUCUUUAUAUGUGCAUGUGGUGCUCCGAAAGGCUGAUUCCAAGGGCCACCGUAAAGGGAGCAACAUCCUGGGCCACAGGGCGAUGGAGUUGUCAACGUAUAUGGUUCCUCACGAGGAAAGAGAUGGAAGGCACUACCUAUUGCAAGCCUUCACCAAUGGCACUUACGCUCGGGAGAUUCAGAAAGCUCCCGUGCCCGUCGCGAGACUGUCGAUACCGACGAAGAUGGAGGUUGGUCUGAUCGUCGAGACACGCACGAUGGACGCUCGUAAGCUCUAUCAGAAAGGGCUCGCCAACUUGAUCGAUAUGAACUCGAGGAAAAUUCAUUUGCCGAUCUUUAUGAACACGCAUGCAACUCCGAGGGACGAGUUCGAACCUGUGCCUCUUGUGGGAUCGACCGAGCCUCUUCCGGAGUUAACUAUUUCGUUCCACAAAGUUGGCAUGGGGUAUUGGAUGGUGAGCCAGUCGCUGCUGCAUGGCUUUGAACAUAUGGAAGACGUCAUGAAAGUUAACGAAUACGACCUCGAUUCGUUCAAAAUGCUGCUAUCCGGCUCGAGUGGUCCGUGGAGACUUCUGGUUGUCUAUGGCGCGAUACGAAUUGUGUUUUCUGGCUGGAAGCUUGUUAAAAUGACGAGGUCGAAAGACGCGAAGUUGGCCGAACUGGAGGAAAUGCAGGGGAUUACUAACGAUGAG